UGUCAAACGUCGCUUCAGCUUUCAGUCCCCACCAGACACUACGGAGCAGAAUCAGUUCCUCCACGUUAACGACCGGACCUUCAUCCGCACGACGCGCACCCUACCGCCGCAUAGCCGUGCCAUGCUGCUGGGGGGCCGCGGGUGAGAAAGCAUGUCGUCAGACUGCAGUCGAGAUGAUCCGAUGGAGAGGGGGUUCAUCCCCCUGGACAUCGACAACGUGCACUUGCUGCUCCAGGUGGAACAAGAACAGAUUCAGAAGAAGACCUUCACCAACUGGGUCAACGCUCAGCUGACCAAGCGGAGGCCUCCCUGCAGGGUCCUGGAUCUGUUCAACGACUUCCGGGACGGAUCCAAACUGCUGGACCUGCUGGAGGUGAUGAGCGGCCAGCGCCUCAGUCGGGAGCGAGGCCGGGGAAUGUUUCAGCACCGGAGCAACAUCGAGAAGGCCCUCUCCUUUCUGAAGAGCAAGUCGAUCAAACUGGUCAACAUUAACAUUCCUGACAUCAUUGAUGGUAAACCGUCCAUCAUCCUGGGCCUCAUAUGGACCAUCAUUCUGCAGUACCAUAUCGAGGAGCUGGCCAGCAGCCUCUCCUUCUCCUCCCGUCAGUCCUCCAUGGAGUCGCUGGCCAGUCUGGAUUCCCGCUCCACCCGGUCAAGAGGCUCGGCCUGCGGCAGUCCCGCCCCCCCCCGGGGCUCGCCGCUGCACCACCGCUUCAGGGUCUCUGCCAAGAAGGCCCUGCUGCUCUGGGUCCGGGAGCAGUGCCACAGAGCUGGCUGCUCAAUAAACGUGAAAGACUUCAAGGCCAGCUGGAGGAGCGGGGUGGUGUUCCUGGCCAUCCUGUACGCGCUGCGGCCCGACCUGGUGGACCUGUCCAGAGCCAGGACCAGAAGCAACAGGCAGAACCUGGAGGAGGCCUUCGGCCUGGCCGAGAGAGAGCUGAGGAUCCCCAGACUGCUGGAUCCUGACGAUGUGGACGUCCGAGACCCCGAUGACAAGUCCAUCAUGACCUACGUGGCUCAGUUCCUGCAGUACUCCAAAGAGCAGCCGCCGGGCGAGGAGGAGACGCAGACACAACACCUGAGUCUUCCUAAAAGUCCGUCUCCCAUCAACCUGCCUGUCCACUACACGCCUGCUAUUUCUGCCUCCCCUCUGCGACAGGCCACGCCCACCCGAAAGGCACAGGAAGUGACCUGCUGGCUGGCUCAGGCCUACGACGAGCUGCUGGAGGGAUGGGACUCCACGGAGGGGGAGAGCUACUCGGAGAGAUACCACGUGUUUCAGACCUUCCUGGUGUCCUUCAAUGAGCAGCGGCGUCCCAUCAUGCCGCUGCUGACGGCGAUGAGGCGAACGCCCAAACUCAGCGAAGAGCAGCGGGCUCUGCGAGAGGCGUGGGACUCGCUCACUGAAAAGCUCCGCGAGUACAAGGUGGAGCUGGACUCCGGCCUGCCGGCCCCCUUGGACUCGGUGGCCGGGUGGCUGCUGAAGACGGAGAAGGCCCUGGCCGAGGAGGAGGGCGACCCGCAGGACCACGGCCGGGCCGCCGCGGACGCCAGGGAGAGGCAGGCGCUCCUCAAGGUCUGCCUGGAGGAGAUGCCGCAGCACGUGAAGACCUUCCAGAACUUCCAGAACCUGGAUGAGGAUGGAAACAUGAUGGUUCCUGCCGACAAGAUGGAAGAACUAAAGAGGAGGCUCACCGGCGUGAGAGUGACCGCUAAGUACCACGGCAUCAAGCUGGAGUACUGGGAGCAGCGCCACAGCGUUCUGCAUCUGCUGGGGCAGAUGAGGACCAAGCUGCGGACGUGGAAGAGGCCGGCCUUCUCCCCGGAGGGGGUCCGGCUGCUGCUGCAGCAGUGGCAUGAUGUGGUGAAAACACAGGAGCUUCCGUCUCUGCUGGAAGCUGCUCUCCACAAACUGAAGCAGGUCUCAGAGAAAUAUUCCAGCAAAUCUGCCCUCGCUGCAGAUUACCAGCUGGUCAGCCAGCAGGUGAAGCAGCUGGAGGAGGACACCGCCGGGGCCCUGGAGGACGUGACCACGGCCAAGAGCGCCAUGGGGCGCGUCCUGUUGGCCUGGGACUCGUACAGCGACGGCCUGAGCUCCCUGCAGGCCUGGCUGGAGCCGCGCUCCGCCACCCGCGGGCCGCAGGUGACGCCUGAGUGCAUGGCGGAGUGGGGCUCCCGACAGGCCCACCUGAACGAGAUGGGUAACUUCCUGAUGGAGUCCACGGACCUUCAGACCAGCAGGAGCCUGGCAGAGGAGCUGCACAGAAUCAACCUCCUCUGGGCCGAGUGCGUCAAGACAAACGCGCUCGACAGCGCGGCCGAGCUCAGAGCUGACGUCCGGAGCGGAUCCCAGGACCUCCAAGCUCUCAUCCAAGAGGCCACCGUCCUUCUCAAAGAGCCUCUGGAGGCCACGGCAGCUCCCUUACGCACCUACCGAAAGAGAAUACAGUUUAUAAUGAGGAAAAUCAAAGAAGUGGAUCCAGAGGCUCUGGCUCCUUCCCAAGAAUGCCCAGCUGAUCUUUUAGUGAGACUGAAGCUUGCUGUACCCGAGGUGAUGCACACCCUGUCUGAGGCAGAGCAGGUGUGUGCAGAGCUGCAGCACAGUGUGUCGGGGCUGGACAGUCGCCUGGCUGAACUCCUCUACUGGGAGACUGAGGCACGGGAGCUCUACCAGCUGCUGAGGGCCGCAGAGCGACAGCAGCAGCGGGGUCAGGACCCCCGAGCCAGGGUCCUGAUUUCGCGCGGGCUGCAGCUGGAGGGCCAGGUGGUCACAGAGGAGCAGGACCUGCAGCUGAUGGUAAUGACGAGUCAGAAGAACUCUCCCAUCCAGUACCUCCACGCCGCUGCCAUGCAGGACCGAGUCCGAGCCGCCGUCGCACAGUCACAGGAAGCUGUAGGCAUGCUGAGCAGCCUGGGAGCCAGAAGAGACCGAAGCAGAACCCCCCCACAAGAGGAACCUCCAUCAAAGGUCUUUAAACAGACUAAAGAAAAGCCUCGACAUCUGAGGCAGGCCGACUCAACCCAGCAGCCCAACAUGAACCUGGUCGAGUCCCGUGAAACCGUGAUGCCAAAAAUAGUGGUGCAGGAAUACCGAGGCACGGUGGCUUCUCCUCCGAUGCCAUAUUCCUACGCACAGGCUGUGAGCCAAACAAUAUCUCCACCAAAAGGCCAGAUUCAAGCCUGGAUAGAGACCACGGGACAACAACAACAACAACAACAACAACAGCAGCACCAGAGCCGGGACGAGGCCGUGAAACAGAACCAAGAGCAACUUAACAUCCAGAAGAAAAUAGAGCUACAACAGGAAGCAGAACCGCUGCACCAGCAGGCGUCAAUGCAAACACGACAUCAACAAGUGUCUGAAAUGCAUCAAGUUCAACAGCAGGUGGAAACCGACAGACCGACGUCAGAGCAGCCGUCGCUUCAACCACCACAUGUGAAGAAACGAGCUCUUAGCCCCAAGGAGCUUCAAAGCAGAAAGACUCAGGCGAUGAAGAACCGGCCCUGGCUGCAGAAGCCCGCUUCAGGAGGGCCCCAAACUCCAGAACAGGCUUCUGCUCCGGAGCCAAUUCACACUGAGACUCAGCCACAGCCAGACAGAGAGGUUCAGGUUGGUCCACAGCACGCAGCAACUGCCAGGCCACAGACUGAGGAACAUGCAAAGCUCUCUGAGCAGCCACAACAAAAGCUGAGAGACGACCGGCAACAAAAAGAGAAGCAGCAGGAACAUCAGGAGCAAGUUCUCCAGCAACUGGAAAAAAAGUCCCAAACCGUAGCGAGUCACGGUGAAGUUCUCCCACAGCCCCAUGGCCCCGUGAAGACACAGUCACUGUCCCAGCACCAGGUUCAGACUCAGUCCUACCCAGCCGGGCCCCAGCCCUCUAUGCAGCCACAGGUUCUGUUCCAUGGCCCCGCUGUUUCUGUGCAGACUCAGGUCGGACCUUCUGCCCCGGUGCAGGGUCCCCUGCAGGGCCAGGUCCAGCCUCCGGUGCCAUCACACAUUCAGCUUCGUAGCCAUGCAGAGUCAUGGGCCCCUGUCAUACCCCCCGCCUCUAGGACGCCAGCACAGUCCACGGUCCAGGCUCAAACUCAAGUCCAGCAUCGGGGUUCUCAUCCUCAGCCAGAGGUGCAGCACCCGGGUCAUAGUUCCCAGGGCCAAACUCCUGCUGGGACCCAAGUUAGAGGCUCACCACCAGUGUCUAUCCAGCAUCCGCAGGCUACAGCACAAGCUUUCCUUUACUGCCAAGGUCAGCCCCAAGGUCGGCCCCAAGGUCGGCCCCAAGGUCAGUUCCAAGGUCUGACCCAAGGUCAGUUCCAAGGUCUGACCCAAGGUCAGUCCCAAUCCCAGCAAUGGACAAACAUACCUGAGCCACAAAUCCAAACCAUUGGCCAACAGAUGCAUCCAAUUCCUCAUCCAUACCCUCAGCAAAUAGGCCAAGCGCCACAGUCUUAUCCAACAGUUCACAUUCUGCAGCAGUGGCCCCAAUCCGAGCCCCAGCGAGGACCGCAGGUCGCCCCCCCCAUGUAUUCUCAAACCGGGCCCUUUUAUAAUCUGCCUCAAAUCCAAGCACAAAGCCAAACCUGGGCUCAAACUGGGGGCCUGAGUACCAUACAGCAAGAACCUCAGAUGAGUGCUCAUAUCCAGACCCAGCGAGGCCAAGCUCAGCACCAGACGUGGGUUCAGGCCCCGCCUCCACUUCAGCCCCCGCGUGCUCCUCAGCCUCAACCCCAGACGCAGUCAGCGCUUAAAAGGAAGGUCCUCACUCAGCAUCCACUUCCACAACCCAGGGAUCCGGCCCAGUCAGCACCACAACCAGGGGUCCCAUCCCCAACUCAGGCCAAGGUCCAGUCUGCAACCCGUCCCAAGGCCCAAUCACUGCCGCAACCGUUGCCUGGGCCCCAGGUGCCCUUCAAGGCUGAAUCACCCCCCCAACCCAAAGCACCGGCCCAAACAGCACCGCCAGCCGGAGCUCCGUCCUCAGCUCCGUCCUCAGCUCCGUCCUCAGCUCCGUCCUCAGCUCCGUCCUCAGCUCCGUCCUCAGCUCCACUCAAACCACCAGCCUCCCAACCUCCACCGACCAAAGCGCAGACUGCCCCGCAGUCUAAGGCUCCCCAAACCGGUCCCCCCUCCCAGGCCACUGUGCUGCCUGCGGCCGAGACUCCAGACCCGUGCGUUAAACCCCCCCCCCUGGCCCAGGCGCCCCCCCGGGCCUACACAGAGGCUUACGCCAAGGCCCAGGCUUUGGCCAGAAACGGCUUUGAGGAGGCCAAGCACUGCCUGCAGGAGCACAUCCUGGAGACCAUCAACGUGUUCCAGGACAAGUGUGUCUCAGCCGAGCAGGCGUCAGUGAAAGAGGAGACUCUGAAGACCCUGGACCCGGAGCUGCUGGAGGGGUUCUUGAGAGCGGCCGAGGGCAUGGAGGCCUUUUGUGCCCCCCCUCAGCUCAGAGACAUGGAGUUCUUCACCCAGGCUGUGAGGACUCAGUGGGAGGCCUGUUUCUCAGCCGAGGGGAGCUUCGCCCAGGCGGGGCAGCACCUGGAGGCCCUGAAGGAGCUGUGUGUCACCCUGAGCCCGGAGGAGGCGCACCGCCUGGCCCAGACGCAGCUCCGGGAGUGUGAGAGCAGGCUGGCUGCCAUCCAGAGGCACUUCAGUGGAGACCAAGACGCACUCCUCCCCGAUGCCAGGAGUCCUGUUGCCUUCAGUGAGGAUGUGAAGGAGCCUGUGACGAGACCAAGUGACAAACCUCAGGUCUCAGCCGAGGUGCUUCCAGUGACCACAGAGAGUGUUUCUGUGGAGAGCAGGGUUGAAAAGCAGGUGUCUGCAGAGGAAGAAGUCACCACAAAGGAGACUUUAGAAAGAUAUGAGAAUUGUAAGAGGUCUCUGCGAGUCCAGCUGGCAAAAAAUGAGCAGAGCAUCAAGGACGUCCCCUCAGACUGCGUGUCUCUGAAAGGCCUGCAUACUCGGCUCCAGGAAGUACAGUCUUUGAGGCAGGAGACGGAGUCUUUGUGGUCUGAAUAUUCCAGCUCCCAGGCGAGCGUCCCCGGUCUGGAGCAGGAGAAGGCGGCGCUGCAGGAGCAGUGGCGAGGCCAACAGUCCUCCCUCCAGAGGAGGGGCAGCUCGCUGGGCGCCGCCCUCAGACAGAUCGACUCCACCGAGAACCACAUGGUGGACUUCACGGACCGGCUGGACCGCUACCUGAGGCAGCCCAAAGACAUCACCGCCUUCACACUGGCCAACAGCAACAUCCUGAAGGACAUCAAGGAGCUGGACGACAACAUCCAGAGCGAGCUGGACCAGCUGGCCCGCCUCGACCCUGAAUCCAGCCAUCUGGACCCCAGGGACUGCCGGCCUCUGUCCCGCGAGGUGGAGACUCACCGGGCCAGCCUGGACCACCUCCGGCAGCAGGUCCGGAAGAGCGAGGCGGCCGGCCGCGCCCUGGACCGCUUCCUCAUGUCCCUGCGCACCGUGGACGAGGACAUCUCCGGGGUGCAGGGCGCCCCCUGCAGCAACGCGGCGGUGCUGCAGGACUGCCGCUCCAAGCUGGCCCUGAUCAGGCAGGGCGUCGACAGUCUGAAGGAGAAGGCGCCCCAGCUGGACGUGCUCCUGCAGGGCGCCCGGCUGACGGUCACCAGGGACGGCGUGCCGGCCUCCUGCCUGGACAUGGUGACGGCGCUGCUGGGGAGGCUGCAGGAGGCGGACGGCGGGCUGGCCGGCCAGCAGAAGGGCCUCCAGAAGGAGACGCAGGGCCAAUCGCUGGGCCUGAGGAAGAGGGCGCUGCAGGGGGAGCUGAGGAAGCUGCAGGAGGCCAUCGAGAAGCGAGGCCUGAAGGAGCCCACGGCGCCCGCUGUGCAGCACAGGCUUCGGGCCCUGUCGGAUUUGGAGAGUCAGCUGCAGGCCCAGCGGGCCGAGCUGCAGAACCUCCGGGAACUUCAGGAGGAACAGGGGGGAGGAGAGCACCUCCUCCAGGAGCUGGAGGUUCAGUGGAAGGAGCUCCAGAGAACUUUUUCUGACAGUAAGAAGCAGUGCAGCGUCCUGCUGGAGCUUCUGAAGAAGUUCCACAGCUGCCGCAGUGAGAUGCGCAGCACGGUGCAGAGAGCAGAGCAGACCAUCAGCGACCAGGCGUCGUACCUGAGCAAGGACAACCUGCAGAGACGAAUCGCCAGGGUCCGUGACACCAAGGAGGAGCUGGGAGUUGUCGGGGAGCACAUGGAGGAGAUGAAGGACGUCUGCAGGCAGCUGCAGUCCCACCUGAAGACGUUCCCGGACUGCAGCGAGACUCCCUUUGAGGCCGAGGCCGACACACUGGUGGACAACUGGCUGGACGUGACGGAGAAGACGGAUGCCUGCAUGGACAACCUGCAGGUGGGGCUGGAGCUGUGGGAGAAGCAGCUGGUGCUGGGGGGGGAGGUGGACGACUGGGCGGGGGCUAAACUUUCCCUGUUCGCUGAGAGCCAUCCUUUUCACCACGAGCAACAAGUUCUGGCCAUGAGGGAUGAGAUCCACGUCAACAAGGAGAACAUCGACCACUUCCACAGGAAGUCCGUAGAGGUGCAGGAGAUGCUGCAGAGCCCCGAGUCCCCGCUGGAGCUGCAGGUGAUGGAAACCCAGCUGAGGAAGAGGAUGGAGCAGGUGGAGGAGCUGUUCGCCGACUGCACCGACGUCUUCGAGGAGCUGGUGGCUGUGAAGAAACACCUGGCGCAGAAGAUCGAGGAGUGCCGGUCGGCCGUGGAGAUCAUCCAGGGCUCCGUCAGCAGAGUCGACGCCGCUCACGCAACCUUCCAGGACCUGAUACAGCGCGAGUGCGGCGCCCUGGAGGCGCAGGAGGAGCGGGCGCAGGCCGUGCUGAAGGAGGUGGCUCUGGUUUCCAGCGUGGCCAGUCCUGACAUGCUGGAGGCGCUGAUCGAGGACGGCAGCAGGCUGAAGGAGGCCUUGUCCCGCACCGGGGACAUGAUCCAGCUGAAGAGGGACGAGAGGGACAAAGGCCUGCUCGGGGUCGUCCAAGCUGAGAGGCAGUCGUUUGAGGAAUGGUUCCAGGACUCCCAGCUGUCCGUCAACGAGUGCUUUGAGUCUCCCGAGAGCAGAGCGGACGUGGACACGUCCCUGCAGAGACUCGCUGGUUUCUUGAAGUCCAAGGAUGCAGAGCGGCGUCUGGACCAGCUGAAGGAGCAGCUGGAGAGAGGCGGCCAGCAGGUUCCUCCACAGCAGCUCUCCGAGUUCACCGACUGGCUGAAGGAGCAGCAGGCGGAGGUGAGCACCUUCAGGACGCACUGCCACGACAGGCAGAAGCAGCUGGAGCCACUCCUCAGUGACCUGAACAGUCUCCAGAAGCAGCACGAUAGCUUCCGCGAGUGGCUGCAGAACAAAGAGAAGCAGUCGGUGGAGUCGCACCAGGUCGAACUUCUCCUCAAAGGCCUUCAGGAUGAGAGCGGCAGAGCGGAGAGCCUCGCCGACCUCUUGGCAUCGGUGCGCAGGCGAGGCGUCCGAGCAGAAGGCGUCCUGAAGGACGGCGAUAACCUGAUACAGCGCUACAGGAAGCUUCAGGCCCGGCUGCAGGAGCAGGCGGAGGCCGUGAGCGCGCUGGAGGGCGAGGUGGAGCGGUUCAGCACCCAGGCUGACGGAACCAGGACCUGGAUCACGGACCUGGUUGGACCCCUCGCCUCCCCGGGCGCAGACACCCGGGCAGAAGAGAGGAGACACACAGCACAGGCCAUCGUAAGUUUCAAAGCUGAGGGAGACUCUAAAGUGGAAGACCUGAGGAGACAAAGUGAAAGCCUGUGUGAGCAGGAGCACCUGGAGAAGAGCAGGAAACAGGAAGUGCAGCGCUCGCUGCUAAGCGCGGAGCAGCAGUGGAGGACGGCGCUGCAGAGGGCGGAGGAGACUCUCAGGGACACACGAGUUCCCUCCGACCAAGACGUCCAGACACAAGCCACUCUGAGCUCCAAACCUGAUGGAGACGCAAAGCUCGAGCAUCAGAGGCGACCAGAUGUCCAGGACGCGGCGGGGGCGGCGGGGGCGCGGUCAGGGGGGGCGCUGCAGCCCGCCGAGGGCGGCCUCAACGGGACGGAGAGCCAUGCCGCAGCCCAAAAGGACUUUGACGCUUUCAAAUGCCAAAGUGAAAGCACCUGCUCCUGGUUCGCAGAGCGGAGGCAGCAGCUGGCGUCCCUCGGUGGUCACAUGCAGUUGGAGGAAAGGUUAAAGGUCGUACAGGCCGUCAUGACCUCCAAACCCGACGGGGACUCCCAGGUUCUCCGCCUGAGGACGCGAGGGGAAGGUCUGCGCCAGCGUCUGCCGGAGAGCCGGGAGGCGGAGCUCCGGCGGCUGGUCGGGGAGGCGGAGCAGCAGUGGAGCGGCGUCCUGCAGGCCGCCGGGCGGGCGGAGCUCCGGGCGCUGUCCGACGACUUCGACAAGCAGAGCGAAAACACUCAGUCGUGGAUCCGAGAGCGACAGCAGCAGCUGCAGGCUGUGGGAGGCCACGCCCCCCCUGAGGGGAGACGGCUCUCCGCUCAGAGCAUCAUGAGCUGCAAACCCCAGGGCGACUGCGCGGUGAACAACCUGAGGAGGCGGGGCCAGAGUCUCUGUGACCACCAGGACGUCGACCAGGGCCGGAAGGUCCACGUUCAGAAGACCAUCCGGGACUCUGAGGAGCAGUGGAGGACGGUCCUGCUGGCCGCUAAGCAGGUGGAGGCCGCCGCAGGAGCUGAGCUCAGCCAGAGGGCCGAGAGGAGGACGUCGGAUAUGAAUGGAUUUGAGACACAGCAGCAGGAAGCCAGCAGCUGGCUGACGGAUCUACAAAAACAGCUGGACUCCCUGGAGAGCCGAACCACAGCUGAGGACCGACUGCAAACCGCUCAGAUCGUCCUGAGCUCCAGAAGCAAAGGAGACUCCAAGCUCCAGCAGCUCAGGGCGCGGCUCCAGAGUUUGAGCGCUCACGACCUCGAGGGAUCCGUGAAGCAGGAGGUCCAACGAAAAGUAAAAGGCAUCGAGGAGCAGUGGACGAGAGUCCUGCACGACGCCAAACAGGUCCUGGAGCAGGCCGAGAAGCAGCGGGCUCGGGAGGGCCAACUGAGGGACUACGAGGCUGCGAGGGAGGACACCAGAGCCUGGCUGCAGGACAAGGAGCAGAGCCUCGUCUCUGUGGACCAUCAGAGUGACCCGGAGGAGACCAUCAGCACAGCUCAGACCAUCCUGAGCCAAAAGCCCGAGGGAGACUCCAAGCUGAGCGAGCUGAGGAGACAGAGCCAGAGUCUGUCGGAGCAGGAGGAGCUGGAGGAGGAGGCCAGAGAGGAGGCCCAGCGGGCGCUGAGGGCCUCGGAGGAGCAGUGGAGGACGCUCCUGCAGACCGCCGAGAGCACGCUGAAGAAGGCCGAGGUCCAGUACUCGCUGUCCAGGGAGCUGGAGGCGUUCCGCGCCAAAGCGGGGGGCACCGGGACCUGGGUCACCAAGCUGCAGCAGCAGGCCCGGUCCCAAGGGAGCGGCGCCCGGGGCAGCCGGGCCCAGAUAGAGGAGCGGCUGAGCGCGGCACAGGCCGUCCUGAGCUCCAAGUGCAAAGGCGAGGCCCAGCUGAUGGAGCUGCGGCGGCGAGUCGGGGGCCUGUGCGAGCAGAGCGGCCUGCGGGCCGACAGCAGGCAGGAGGUGGAGCGCACGCUGGCGGACGCCGAGCAGCGGUGGAGGACGCUGCUGCACGCCGCGGAGGAGACGCAAAGGGAGCUGGAGGGCGUGGUGGAGCGAAUGGCGUCCUGUGAGUACCAGCGAGGUCAGAUCCAGACCCGUCUGGCCGACAUCCGGAAGCAGACCUCCGCUCUGCCGCGGCUCUUCCCCUGGCCGGGCCUGGGGGAGCGGAGGCAGGCGGUGGAGCAGGCCCGGACCCUGCUGGACCGGACCACGGCGAUGGCCCCCGCCCUCUCGGCCCUCCGCGCUAAGGCUGCGGAGCUGUCUGAGACCACGCAGGAGCCCGGCUGGUCGGAUCCGUCCUGGGCCUCCGAGGAGGAGUCCAUCCCCCCUCUGCUCAAAGAGCUCACCGACGCGGCAGCGGCCCUCGAGCAAGGCAUCCACGCCGAGAGGCGGUGCACCCAGCUGGUGGAGCAGCACCAGGCGGCCCAGGACUGGCUGAGGGAGCACGUCAAAGGAGAGGGAGGUCCACCCCCCCAGGACCGACAGGGUCUGCACAACGCUGUAAACACCCUGAAGGCCUUGCUCCAGACGGUGGACCGGGAGCAGCGAGAGAUGGAGGAGCUGGACUCCAGCAGAGACCGUUUGCUGGGCCUCUGCACCCCGGGGGGUCGGGACGCCCUCACCCUGGAGGUCGGCCACCUCCACGACCUGUGCGCCACCUCGGAGCAGCAGGUGAGGGAGCGGCUGAAGGCCUGCGAGGCCCGGAUGGAGGAGCUGGACGCUCAGCUGGCGCGGAGGUCCGAGGGGCUGAAGGAGAGAGGCGGCGCCCUGCAGUGGGAGCUACGCUCUCUGGAUCAGGCGCUGGGCUACAGCGAGCAUCAGAACAACAUCGCUCAGCUGCAGCAGCACUGGCACAGCCUGCAGAACUGUGAGAAGUCACUGAAAGAUCUGGGCGUGAGGGUCCAGGACCUUCACCAGGAAGUAGAAGCCACACCUGCCGCCGACGAGCUGCCAACAGAAAUUGUGACUUUGGUAAAGUCCCUGUGCCAGCAACACGACAGUCUAAAGUGCAGGCUGAGUGAGCAUAAGGACACCUGCUCUACAAACUCAGCUCGCUGUGUGAUGGACGGCCUUCACGCCCUGCAGGAAUGGACCGCCAUCAAACCGCCGCAGUCCGUUUCCUCUCUGCAGGCGACGUUAGAGGACGGGCAGAAGCUGCGGACCAGUGUGAUGGAGGCGCUUUCCCAUCAGCCGUUUCUAACCGAAUGUUUGAUGAGCGUCUUGUCUGAGAAGCUGCUGAGCGAAUGUUCAGGGACUCUCAGAGAAGCAGACAAGCACGAAGCUUCUCUCAAAGAGAGCUUAAAGGAUGUCAGGGCUAAACAAGAGAUGACGCCAGGGAAUCCAAAGGAAACAAAGACUUCUGUGGUGGCACCGCCACGGAAAAGCAAGCACUCACCUGAGAAAAAGCAUCAGGUCAAACUACAAAAAACCACUCCCUCAACCCUCCCUUUGUCUGAGCUGCAAAUUGAGGCAAAUGCAUCAAAGACAGUGGAAGCAGUCGCUGAAGACUCGGUUGGUUCCUUUGAGGAAUUGGUGCUGAUCAAAAAGGUUGUUGAGCAGUCGGCACCUGGUGAGAAAUCUACGCCCGUACCGUCCAGGAGGAAGUCCAAGACUUUAGCCACAGACAAAGAGCCCUCCAAGGCUACGGUGGAGCCCCACAUGGUGAAAGGCACUGUUACCCAAGGGUCACCUGGGCCCCGGGGAGCUACUCUAGAUGUAUCACAGCAAUUUGAGUCUGUGACCAACGACCCGAAGUCGCUCAAAGAGCAAGUGGAAACGGUAGGAAACGCUGUCAAGGCAGAAGGGAAACGCUCGCCAACCAAAACCAAGCCAAAGAGUCAAAAACUCCCCACAGAACCUGCUUCCACUGAGCUGACAAAGACCAAGAGGUCUUCAACUCCAGAGGUGGUCACAGCAACAACUAAAGGAACCGUUGUGGUAAAGGAAGAGCUUUCCCCAACCAAAAGGAGAUCGAAGGGUCAAAAACUCCCCACACAACAAACUUCCACUGAGCUGAUAAAUAAAAAGGAAGAAGCGGACAGUCAGACUCUGUCUUCAACUCUUGAGGUGGUCACAGCAACAACUAAAGGAACUGUGGUGGAAAAGGUAGAGCCUUCCCCCCCCAAAAGGAGACCGAAGGGUCAGAAACUCUCCGCAGAACAAGCUGCCGAUGAGGUGGCAGCAACUGCACAGGAGCCUGGACGUCAGAAGCCGACAUCGAGCUCCGGAGAGCCGAAGGAAACUCUAACGCCGCUCACGAGGAAAGCAAAGGGCCUUGAGGUUCCCGUAGCCUCUGAGCCUGCGUCUCCCCCCACGUCCCCCCCUGGUUCCAUUACUGGUGUGGAGCCAAAGGAAGCAGAGCAGGAACCCGACAAGGAGCCCGUGGGACCAGAGUCUGCUCAAGGACGCGUCCAAACUGCUGUAGUUGAACAAAGUAAGCUUCUACCACCCAAGAGAAAGUCAAAGAUUACAGAACCCCCCCUCACACCAGCUGACCCCCCCGAAGCCCCUCAGAAAAAAGAAUCUGAAGAUCAAAACUCUCCCUUGAGUUCCAGUGAGCAAAAUAACAGCGUUGUUAUGGGAGAAGCAAAGCUUGUGCCAACCAGAAAGAAGUCAACCAAUGUGGACCUUUCCACAUCUUCUGAGACAGUCACCCAACGAUUCCCAGAUGUGGAGCCCAAAGAAAUAUCUUCAACUCCAGAUGUGGUCCAGGAGCCAGCUGAUAGAAGUGUUGUGGGCAAAGGAGACAUUUCACCAGCCAAAAGAAAGUCAAAGGGUGUAAACCCUUCUCCCAAAGCGACUACCAAAGACCUGACAAAGACCAAGGAACCACAACCGUCCACUCAAGAGUCAAUCAAGGGAACAACUGGAGCUACUCUGGAGUCAAAAGGAAAACUUUCACCAACUGAGUUUAAGGGAUUGAAAGUCUCCCCAGAAGAGCAGGCAAAGGGAGAGCCUCACAUUCAAAAGCAUCCUUCAACUCCAGGGGUGGAAAAGGCAGAGCUUUCCCCUGCCAAAGGGAAGUCAAAGGGCCUUUCUCCAGAACCUGCUUCUACAGAGCUUCCAAAAGCAAAGGAAGAAGCUGACAGCCAGACUCCAUCUUCAACUCCAGCAACAACUGAAGGUCCUGCAGGGGUAGAGGGAGAGCUUUCACCAACCAAAAGGAGAGCAAAGGAUCAAAAACUGUCUGCAGUACAAGCUUCCACAGAUCUGCCAAAGACAAAGGUAGAAGCUGAGAGCCAGACUCCAUCUUCAACUUGUUCUGGAGUGGCCAAAGCAACGACUAAAGGAACUGUCAUGGAAAAGGGAGAGCUUUCGCCAACCAAAGGGAAGUCAAAGGGUCUUAAACUUUCCCCAGAACCUGCUUCUGCAGAGCUGCCAAAGACAAAGGGAGAAGCUGAGAGCCAGACUCCAUCUUCAAUUCCAGAGGUGGUCACCCCAGUAGUUCCGGUGGUGGUAGAGGGAGAACUUUCACCAACCAAAAGACGGUCAAAGGCUCUUCAACCUUCCACAGAAGCUGCUCGCACAUGUUUGCCCCAAACCAAAGAUGAGCCUGCUCAUCCAACCAUGGCUGAACAUCCAGGUUCUGAGUCAAAGGAGCCUGAAGUUCAACAUGAAGAAGCCCCAGAAAGAGCCGAUACAACUGAAGUUCCUUCAGUGGAAAAGGGAGAGCUUUCACCAACCAAAAGGAAGUCAAAGGGUCUGAAACCUUCCCCAAAACCUGCUUCUGCAGAUCUGCCAAAGACAAAGGAAGAAGCUGAGAGCCAGAUUCCAUCUUCAACUCCAGAUGUGGUCCAGGAGCCAGCUGAUAGAAGUAUUGUGGGCAAAGGAGAGCCUUCACCAAACAAAAGAAAGUCAAAGAGUGUAAACCUUUCCCCCAAAGAGACUACCAAAGACCUGACAAAGACCAAGGAACCACAACCGUCAACUCAAGAGUCAAUCAAGGGAACAUCUGGAGCUACUCUGGAGUCAGAAGGAAAACUUUCACCAACUGAGUUGAAGGGAUUGAAAGUCUCCCCAGAAGAGCAGGCAAAGGGAGAGCCUCACAUUCAAAAGCAUCCUUCAACUCCAGAGGUGGGGGAGGAAGAGCUUUCCCCUGCCAAAGGGAAGUCAAAGGGCCUUUCUCCAGAACCUGCUUCUACAGAGCUUCCAAAAGCAAAGGAAGAAGCUGACAGCCAGACUCCAUCUUCAAUUCCUUCUGGAGUGGCUGAAGCAACAACUGAAAGGACUGUCAUGGAAAAGGGAGAGCUUUUACCAACCAAAGGGAAGUCAAAGGGUCUGAAACCUUCCCCAAAACCUGCUUCUACAGAGCUUCCAAAAACAAAGGAAGAAGCUGACAGCCAGACUCCAUCUUCAACUCCAGCAACAACUGAAGGUCCUGCAGGGGUAGAGGGAGAGCUUUCACUAACCAAAAGGAGAGCAAAGGAUCAAAAACUGUCUGCAGUACAAGCUUCCACAGAUCUGCCAAAGACAAAGGUAGAAGCUGAGAGCCAGACUCCAUCUUCAACUUCUUCUGGAGUGGCCAAAGCAACGACUAAAGGAACUGUCAUGGAAAAGGGAGAGCUUUCACCAACCAAAGGGAAGUCAAAGGGUCUUAAACUUUCCCCAGAACCUGCUUCUGCAGAGCUGCCAAAGACAAAGGAAGAAGCUGAGAGCCAGAUUCCAUCUUCAACUUCUUCUGGAGUGGCCGAAGCAACGACUAAAGGAACUGUCAUGGAAAAAGGAGAGCUUUCACCAACCAAAGGGAAGUCAAAGGGUCUUAAACUUUCCCCAGAACCUGCUUCUACAGAGCUGCCAAAGGCAAAGGAAGAAGCUGAGAGCCAGAUCCCAUCUUUAACUCCAGAGGUGGUCACCCCAGUAGUUCCGGUGGUGGUAGAGGGAGAGCUUUCACCAACCAAAAGACGGUCAAAGGCUCUUAAACCUUCCACAGAAGCUGCUCGCACAUGUUUGCCCCAAACCAAAGAUGAGCCUGCUCAUCCAACCAUAGCUGAACAUCCAGGUUCUGAGUCAAAGGAGCCUGAAGUUCAAGAUGAAGAAGCCCCAGACGGAGCCGAUACAACUGAAGUUCCUGCAGUGGUAGAGGGAGAGCUUUCACCAACCAAAAGGAGAGCAAAGGAUCAAAAACUGUCUGCAGUACAAGCUUCCACAGAUCUGCCAAAGAGAAAGGAAGAAGCUGACAGCCAGACUCCAUCUUCAACUCCUUCUGGAGUGGCUGAAGCAACAACUGAAAGAACUGUCAUGGAAAAGGGAGAGCUUUCACCAACCAAAGGGAAGUCAAAGGGUCUUAAACUUUCCCCAGGACCUGCUUCUGCAGAGCUGCCAAAGGCAAAGGAAGAAGCUGACAGCCAGAUUCCGUCUUCAACUCCAGAGGUGGUCACACCAGUAGUUCCUGCAGUGGUAGAGGGAGAGCUUUCACCAAGCAAAAGACGGUCAAAGGCUCAUAAACCUUCCACAGAAGCUGCUCGCACAUGUUUGUCCCAAACCAAAGAUGAGCCUGCUCAUCCAACCAUGGCUGAACAUCCAGGUUCUGAGUCAAAGGAGCCUGAAGUUCAACAUGAAGAAGCCCCAGAAAGAGCCGAUACAACUGAAGUUCCUGCAGUGGAAAAGGGAGAGCUUUCACCAACCAAAAGGAAGUCAAAGGGUCUGAAACCUUCCCCAAAACCUGCUUCUGAAGAUCUGCCAAAGACAAAGGAAGAAGCUGAGAGCCAGAUUCCAUCUUCAACUCCAGAUGUGGUCCAGGAGCCAGCUGAUAGAAGUGUUGUGGGCAAAGGAGAGCCUUCACCAACCAAAAGAAAGUCAAAGGGUGUAAACCUUUCCCCCAAAGAGACUACCAAAGACCUGACAAAGACCAAGGAACCACAACCGUCCACUCAAGAGUCAAUCAAGGGAACAUCUGGAGCUUCUCUGGAGUCAAAAGGAAAACUUUCACCAACUGGAUUGAAGGGAUUGAAAGUCUCACCAGAAGAGCAGGCAAAGGGAGAGCCUCACAUUCAAAAGCAUCCUUCAACUCCAGAGGUGGGGGAGGAAGCGCUUUCCCCUGCCAAAGGAAAGUCAAAGGGUCUUUCCCCAGAACCUGCUUCUACAGAGCUUCCAAAAGCAAAGGAAGAAGCUGACAGCCAGACUCCAUCUUCAAUUCCAGCAACAACUGAAGGUCCUGCAGUGGUAGAGGGAGAGCUUUCACCAACCAAAAGGAGAACAAAGGAUCAUAAACCUUCCACAGAAGCUGCUCGCACAGGUUUGCCCCAAACCAAAGAUGAGCUUGAUCGUCCAACCAUGGCUGAACAUCCAGGUUCUGAGUCAAAGGAGCCUGAAGUUCAACAUGAAGAAGCCCCAGACGGAGCCGAGACUACGUCUACAAGUGCAGCGCCGAAAACUCAACCACCUCCUUCCCCCGAGGAGCCCAGUGAGCUGUCGGACUACAUCGCAAUGGUAACAGAAAACACAGUGCAGAAGACAUACCUUGUCCUCGAUUUGCCUGAGAUUAGCACAACGCAGACGUGUGAGAUACAGCCAGAUCAGCUAAAAGCACCAAGUGUGUCUGUUAGUGAGAAGGAAAUCACCUCAUCCAAGCCACGUCCAGACCAGGGUGAAGACACAUCAUUCACAGGAGCAAAGCCAAUGAAACCACUUGAGACAAGUGUCCAGAGUGAAGGGGUUCAAAGAGGAAACAAGGAAAUGACCUCUGCUGAUGUCCAGCCAGAGAAGGCUGCAGAGCACAAGGGCUUCCAGGAAGAACCUGUGACGAAUGAGAAGCUCCACGUGGACACUGAAGUGUGUAUCCUACAAGUCGAUAUCCACACACCAGGGAACGAGGACGAAGGAUCCGUCACAACAGCCAAAGAGCUAAGAAUAGACGUUGUUCAAAGAACUGUCCAAAACACAAGAGAAGACAAAGAUGUCCCAACAACUGAUGAUAAGCCACAGAAAGCUGCAGUGGAGGUGACUCCCAGGAGUCCUGGACUUCGAGACUACGUGACUCAAAGGGACUCUGCUGGACCCCAACCGGCUCCUUCUGAACCGUUGCAACCACACGAGACGGAAGUGAUCGAGAUAAGUUUGUAUGACCCAGAAACGUUUGAGCCAAGCCCCACUGGUGCUGAGACUGAAGCGUUGAACACCACGCAGGAAGCAGCAGAGUUCAAGGGACGGGGGGUCCAAGAUGUUCCCCAAAGUCUACACGAAAGCUAUCUGAGGAUGGAGAGAAUCCAGAAGGGCCCUGAAGUGCGCGUACUGAAGCUCGGUUUAGCGCCCGGCCAGGAGGAGGACGCCAGCACAUCCCAAGGAGACAAAGACAAGUCCUCCUGUAGGACGCAAGUAGAUCAUGUGGAAAAGGGAGAGAUUUCACCUACCGAGGAGCAGACAAAGACCAAGGAAGGACCUGGUAGUCAGAAGACACCUUCAACUCCAGAGGUGGUGCCAGGACCACCUGAAACCACUGCUGUGGAGGAAGAUGAACUUACACCAACCAAAAGAAAGGAUCUGAAACGUUCUGCUGACCUUCCUACCACGGAGCUGACGAAGACCAGAGAAGAGCCUGAUAGUCAGAGGUCAGAAGGUGUAGAAGUUUACCAAGAACAAAGUACCACAGAGCUUGAAACAAACAAGGAGGAACCUCAGAUUCAGAAUCCAUCUUCAACUCCAGUGGUUCUCACAGCAUCAAGCCGAAUUACUGUUGUGGAAAAAGUUGAACCUUCACAAACCAAAAUAAAGUCGAAGGAUCUGCAACGUCCCCCCAUUCUUCCUUCCACGAAGACCAAGGAAGAGCCUGACAGCCAGAAGCCAUCUUCAGCUCCAGAGGUGGUCCCAGCAACUACUGAACCCACUGUUGUGGAAGAAAAUAAACUUGCACCAACCAACAGAAAGUCCAAGGAUCUGCAACGUUCCCCAGAACUUUGUACCCAGACAGAGCCUGACGGUCACAAGUCUUCACUGGACUCUAGGGGGACCAAGGCUAUAGUGGAAACCAUCUCACAACAGAUACACGUAACAUGGACCCAGAAUCACCAAAUUGAGACUCUAAGUGAAGGACAACCUCCAAUUCAGGAUGAUGUUAAUUCAAGUAUCUCUCAACAUGUGAGUUCUGUUGAGGAGGUCCCUCCAGUAUUUGAGAAGCCUCCUGCUCCGGUUCCCAUGAGCCUGGCUGCAGAGUCUCCUGCAGAACGUUCCUCAGCCCGUGUUAAGCCAGAGGAGGCUGCGGCUAACACCAGAGCAGAAGGGCAGCUCACCGCCACCGCGGCUCCGAGCGACUCCACUCAAUCCACCGUGGUCAGCCCACCUGAUCGGGACGCCGUCCAACCCGGAGAGCCGGCGGUUACAACCACACGGGAAACACCGAUAACCGCCAAGGAGAGCAAGCCAGCGCCAGCUGGCGUGUCCUCACACGACGUGCGUGACUCACCCCGGAGGCUGCAGGAAGAGCCCCAGCGUGAGGCUGGCCCGGGAGGAGAGAAGGUUCCCACCGCUGACUUCCCGCCUGGAGGGUCUCCCGAGAGGACCACGGCGACUGAGCAAGUGCGAGAAGGCUCCAGCGCACCCAGGGGGGCUUGUGGAGAAGUGGCUCCCCCUCAGUUGGAGGAGGCGUGUAAAGUUGAGGAGAAGUCCCGCGCAUCCCCGCAGGUGGUUAAGAAAUCGUCAGCUGACGCUAUCUGUGGCGAGAUGACUCCGGUGGAGGGAUCGCCCUCCCGGGAAAACAACGCCGAAGCAGACACGAGCGUUGUGAAGACUGAGGGAGUCCUGGAGGAGCCAGAGGGACCCUUCAUGAGGAGCAUCUCCACAGAGAUGCAGCAGCUCUCUGAGAAAGUGGCCAGCAGUCAACUCAUUGAGGUUACACCAUCGGAGGACGCCCCAGAGGCUCUGAUCACAUCCACCAGUGAUCUGGACAACCGCCUAAAAAGGCUGGUGUCUAAAGUCCUGAGCUGCAAAAACCACCCCGCCGGGCUCAACCCGGCCGCGAUGGCCCGGCAGCUGGAGGAGGCGCAGGAGUGCAGAGAGGCAGCCCGAGCGCAGGCGGCGUGGUUCUCUCAGCUGAGGGCAGCCGAUGCAGAGAACCAGGAGGCCUUGGAGCAGGUGGAGGACCAGUGGAGCACCGCGGCUCAGGAUGCAGCUGCUGUCUGCCAGAAUAAGGAGGCCCAGCUGCAGCUGGUGAGCGAUUACCUCAGACAGAGGGAAGCGGCCGGCGCCACGCUGCUCAGACUCACGGCAGAACUGGAGGCCGUCACAACGUCCCCGGAGGAGAGCAGCUCAAAGGACGCGGAGCGACUCCGCUCCCUGCAGAGGAGCAUGGAGGAGCUCAGACCGGAGCUCGGGGCGUUGCUCGCCACCCACGCCAGGUUAUGCCCGAACCUCAGCUGGUCCGAUCGAGCAGCCGCACAGGCCGAGCAGAACAACCUGCAAGACGGGUGGAGAGGCCUGGAGAGAGCCGUGGAGAAGACGCUGCAUCACACCAACGUCCGUUCUCACAACGCCAGCGGCCUCCUGUUGGCGAUUUCGGGUCUUCAGGAACAUUUGGAGACAAUCGGCAAAGACCUGGAGUCGGCCUCGGCUCCUCAGUGGACCUGCGGGAACGCGCAGAGGCUGAUGGUUGCCAACGCCGAGGUUAAAGCUGCCCAGCUAAAGCACCUCCAUCUGCAGCAGCUGUCUGAGGCGUUCCUCCUCAGCUCCCACGGAGAGACGGAGACGGCGCAGAUACAGCAGGGCCUCCAGAGGGUCAGAGACAAACUUUGCUCCACAGAGGAACUGGUGUCCUCUCACAGCCGGAGCAGCAGCAGCCCCGUGAUGGAGAAGGUGAUCCAGGUGAUGAGGGACGGCCUCGCUUGGGCCAAGCAGAUGGAGGGGGACAUUGAAGGCAGGAGGAAGAGGGUGUCCCUCCUGCCCGAAGACGUGCACCGGCAGCUCCGGGAUCUGAAGAAGCUGCAGUCCGAGGUCAUGGCCAAACAGGGCCAACUGGGGUCACUGGCGGAGGAGGUGAAGGAGCUCCUUCCACAGCUGGACCCGGCCGAGGAGGCGCCCAUGGUGCGCUCCUCUCUGAAGUCCCUUGAGGAACUGUCCAAGUCGACCACAGAGACGCUAGCCAAGGCCGUGAGGGAGCUGGAGUCAGGUCUGCAGACUCGGGAGAAGCUGUCGGAGCAGAUCGUGGAGCUGGACUCCUGGGUUCUGGCUCAUCUGCACAGAGAAGCCUCCAGGAGUCCAGACAGCGAGCUCAGCCACCCGACGGAGCUCGACCGCAGAGUCCGUCAGAUGCAGGAGACCCAGGCGGAGGCCGAGAAGCAGGCCGCUGUCUGUGAGGCUCUGCUGAUGAAGAGCAAGGACAUCGCCUCCGAACUCAGCAUCGCGGAGAACUGCCAGCUGUUUGACAAGCUGACCGACCUCCAGGAGGACAUCAGGGCCAUCGGCUGCUACGAGAAGGCCAACAAAAAGGAGCAGGACGACCUCAGCCUGACUCUGGAGUCCAGCAAGAAAAACCUGGUCAGCCUGGAAACGAGCCUGAGGCAGAUGUCAGCAGAUCUGAGUCGACACCGGUUCCCCAUCACAAGCGAGUCCCUGCAAGCCUUGGAGCCUUUCAAACAUCUGAUUCUGGAGCACAAAGCCCAGGUUGACCUUCUGCUACCGUGGACUCCACGGGAAAAGACGAGGGAACUGCACUCUGUCGUUUCAGAGCUUCUCAGCCAGAUGUACAGCCUGGAGAUGAAAGCCAGAGAUCACGAGAGGUACCUGAACAAGAGACAGUGUGUGGAGGACCUCAGGGAGAACGUGAAGGAGCAGGUGUGUCAGACCAAAGACGCAGGCAAGCCGCUUGAGGAGAAGUACAAAGUGUGUCAGACCCUCCUCGUCCAGCUCCCGCUCAUAAAGUACUUGUCCAGCGAGGCCGGUACCCAACUCCAGGGGAUCUCCGCCGACCUGUACCCCUCCCAGCUGAGCGCGGAGCGACAGAGACUGAGGAACCACCAGGAGAGCCUGGACGCGCUGGAGAUGACGCUCCACAACAACCUCAGCAUCAUUGAGUGGAACCUGCUGAAGGAGCUGGACCUGGACUCGGAGAGGGCGGGCGCCCGGGCCUUCCUCCGCCAGACCCAGCAGGAGCUGCAGAAACCCCCCACGCUGGAGCCCAGGGAGGCCGCAAUCAACGAGCAGUACCAGAGAACCAUGUCUCUGAAGAAGACCGUGGAGUCCAGAAUGAGGGCACUCGGGGUUCUUGAGCAGAAGAAGGGAGGCAGAGCAGGAAGUGCGUCCCCAGAUCUGCUGGACUUGAAGGUGGCAGUGCUCGGUGAAUGCGACUCACAAAUGGAGGAGAUCUCUCAGGCCAAAGAGUCCCUGAGAAGCUACACGAAUGCUGUUAAACAAGCGGCAGAAUUCCUGAGGGACAUCGAGGUGUCUCUGCUGCCGCCGCAGGGCUCCGCUGGGCUCUGCUCUGAGAGGCUGGAGGAGACCCAGCAGGCUUUGGCCUCGCUGCAGCAGCACUUCCAGACCCACGUGGAGAAGCUCCAGCGGCAGGACACCCUGCACCCUUACCUGUCCCCCCAGAGGGUGGAGCAGCUCCAGGAGGACAUCCUGAGCCAGCUCCUGGUCAGGAUGUCCUCCCUGCAGGCCAAGGGACACACGCGGGUGGAGUGUCUCAGCAGCUGUGCAGAAAAACACAGAAAAUAUUCAGAGAGGCGAGAUGAAAUCCUGCAGAGUGUGCAGAGCGCACUGAGCAGCCUCUCCCAGCUCAUCGGGGAGAAGGUCUCCUCCCUCACCGACUGCACCGACCAGCACACCAAGCUCAACGUCCUGUCUGAGGAGGUGGAGGCCCUGCAGAGGCGUCUGGAGGAGCUGAACGAGUGGUGCCCCGAGCAGAGCUGUCGCGGAGGCCGGGAGGCCGCCGUGGCCGGCGUCUGGAAACGCGUGUCCAGACUCCGCCGCUGCACGCGGGAGCUGACGACUCGCAGCAGACGGAGGGUCGCAGAGUGGAUCCAAAUCGCCGACGGCGUGGAGAAGGCCGCCGCGCUCCUGGAGCAGGUGGAGGCGGAGCAUCCCGACGGAUCCCCCGUGAAGGCCUCCACCGAGGACCUCCAGGCCCUGCUGCAGCGCUGGGAGCAGUACCAGGACCGGCUGGACUGCGAGCACCGGGCCCUGUCCGCGCUGGAGCUGCGCGCCGCCCGGCUGCUGUGCGUCCCCGCCCACCUGGAGAGGGCGCCGCCCGCCGCGCUCUGUCAGCAGCUGCAGGCGAUGCAGGACCGCUACGGCAGGGUGAAGCAGCGGAGCAGGGAGGGCUUGAAGGCGGCGCGGGCGGAGCUGGAGGAGAGGGAGCGGCUCGGGGGGGAGCUGCAGGGCGUCGGCGUCUGGCUGCAGGCUGCAGACGGCCUUCUGUCAAAGAUGGAGCAGAGCAGCAGCAGCAGCACGCAGGAGCUUCAGGAGGUCUACAUCCAGCUGUGUAACCACAAGGCUUCGCUGCAGCGCGUCACAGAGAGCGUGAGGAUGAAGUACUCGGACGCGUCGUCUCCGGUGCGGCUGGAGCUCGACGGCCGGCUGCAGGACGUCUCUCAGUCUCUGCAGAAAGUACAAGUGAAGGUGGGGGAGGCCUUGGAGAAGAGCGGCCCCCUCUACCGGCUGGGGGCAAAGCUGUCUGAGAUCCAGGCCGGCCUGACCUCGGUUCAGAAAAGACUUGAACAGAGGAGUCCCAACGUGAGCCAAGCGAAGCUCACCCAGAGGCGUGCCUGGGACGAGCUGGACUUGUGGCACUCGGCCGUGGCGGCUCUGGAGGUGGACGUGCAGGACCUGGAGAAGCCGGAGGAGGUGCUGAUCCUCACCGAGAGACUGGUGGAGGUGCAGCAGCUCCACUCCCUCCUGGCCAAGCAGGCGGAGCAGAGGACCUCCCUCAUCAGCAAGAUCCCAACGUGGCUUCAGGAGCACCAGGAGAUGCUCAGCAGCUCCAAGAGCUGGAUGGCCGAGGCCAAGUCGUGGCUCGCUACACCCUGCACCUACACCACGGCCAAGUGCCUGAGCAGCCACGUUCACACCCUGCAGACGGUGCUGGACGACUCGGCGCAGAUCCGCACCACGCUGCAGGGCUUCGGCUCGGUGCUGAAGGAGAUGUCUCAGGUGUGCGACGUGGCGUCUCUGCAGGAGCAGCUGGACGAGGUCGAGGGACGGGUGGCCGCGGUUCAAGACGGCUUCACCGCCCCCCUGUCCCACCUGGGACACGCCGCCGCCGAGGUGGAGGCCAUCGAGAUCGAAGUCAGGCGGAUGGAGAACGACGUGGCUGAGGUCAACGCGCUGUUAUCGACUUUGGAGACUUUGUCCAAGACAAAGAGGGCAGAACGCAUCAAGGUCAUUGAGCAGAAGAUCCAGUCCAUGAGGAGGACCAUAGCUGAGAUCCAGAUCUGUAAGCCAGGCCUUUGUCUUCCAGAGAAGGCCGAAGAGACUCUGACUGUCUUCACUGUGGUGGACCAGCUCCAGACUCUGCUGCUGGGCCUGGAGGAGAAGGUCCCCUCUCUGUUCGUCCAGCAGCUCCUUAAAUCCACCUCGGAGGAGUCGGAGGACCAGCGGGUGGAGGCGGGACGCAUCCAGACCGUCCACCUGAAGGAGGACGUGCUGAAGGAGUCCGGAGCCUCGUUGCAGAGGGUGGAGCCGUCCUCCCCCCAGCAGCGGCAGUCCAGCAGCCCUGACGGCACCCAGCAGAGGGAUCGGGCCGACGGAGGCAGUCAGGAGCAGAGAGGGGCGGAAGGUGGAGGAGGUGGAGCAGGUGGAGGCGGGGUUUGGUGGUGGCUCUGGGAUGCUUUCCUGGCCGCUUCGCCGGAGGUGCCUUUGAUUCUUUCACCAGAGGAGACGGAAGGUGGUGCUGGACGGAGCGCUAAACGGACAGGUGGAGACACACAGGCCCCUGAGGAGGAGCCCCAGCCGGGGUCCCGCCCCCCCCGAGGAGGUGCCCUCCACGUGUGCCUGCAGAGGGUCGGCCAGCUGGAGCUGUGGCUGCAGGAGGCCCGGAGGAGCCCGGCGGCCAUGCAGGCCAGCGUGGAGCAGCAGCUGCUCACCUGCCAGGAAAUGUUCCAGGACAUCGAGCGGCGUGUCUCUGGCCUGCCGCCUGUGGGCCGCCCGGCCGACGGUCGGCAGGAGGAGGCGGCGGAGCUGCUCUCCUCCAAGCUGGAGGUCCUGAAGGCCAACCUGGUCUCCUUCCAGCAGCUGCUGCAGGGGAGGCGAGAGCCGGGGGGGCAGGCAUUGGCCCCUCCCCCUCAGGAAUCGCCCCCUCCCCCUCAUGCAUCGGCCCCUCCCCUUCUCCCGGCCUCGGCUCCUCCCCUUCUUCUGGCCUCGGCUCCUCCCCCUCCGGUUCAGGAGAUCUUCUCCUCCCCGAGGAACAAGCUGCUGAGACAGAGCAGCCUGCAGCAGCAGAAGGAGUUGGAGCAGCAGCUGACGGAGCAGAGGGGACUGACUCGCUCCAUCGCCCGGCAGGGCAGCAGGACUCGCCUCCACGGCCCGGAGCCGGAGGACCGCAGCGGGCCGUCUCCACGGGGGCCUCCCGAUGCGGAGCAGCCCUCGGCUGAGGAGAAGUGGGAGGGGCUCCACAGCCGCCUGCUGGCCCUGGAGGAGAGCUGGCUGCUCCCUCCCUACCAGGUGGCAGACUCAUCUAGGAGGCGCGGUGAUGGAGCAGCGGGACGUCUGAUUGCUGCACAGACGGUAAAAGAGCUCCAAACCCACAUCAGCCACCUGAGAGAGCUCGGACUCACAGAGACGCAGACGCCACAUCGUCACCAUGGCAACAUGCAACGCCGGGAAAUAAAUGCCUCCUUCGCGGACCCCUCUGUCGUGGACCCCUCCCACAUGGACUCCUUCCACGCUGACCCCUCCCACAUGGACUCCUUCCACGCUGACCCCUCCCAGGCUGACCCCUCCCACACCGACUCCUCCCACACCGACUACUCCCAUGCUGACUCCUCCCACACUGACUCUUCCCACCCUGACUCCUCCCACGCUGACCCCUCCCACGCGGACCCCUCCCACACCGACUCCUCCCAUGCUGACUCCUCCCACAUUGACUCUUCCCACCCUGACCCCUCCCACGCGGACCCCUCCCACACCGACUCCUCCCACCCUGACCCCUCCCACGCCGACCCCUCCCACGCGGACCCCUCCCACACCGACUCCUCCCAUGCUGACUCCUCCCACAUUGACUCUUCCCACCCUGACCCCUCCCACGCGGACCCCUCCCACACCGACUCCUCCCACCCUGACCCCUCCCACGCCGACCCCCCCCACGCUGACCCCUCCCACCAGACGCUGGACGAGGGUUUGUUUCAUAUCCUGCACGGGGCGUCCCUGACCCUGACGUCCAUCAGCGGCCUGCUGCCUGCUGGGGGGACACCUGAGGGGGACACAGAGCGGGGGCUGCUGCAGACUCUGUCUGCGGAGCUGUGGACCCUCGGCAGCGAGCUGGCCUCUCGGGGGUCAGAGAUCAGCCGCGUCCUGGGCUCACGGCGCGCCGAGCAGUGCGUGGCCCACGUGUGCCGAGUGCUCCCUGCGCUGCGCUCGGCGCUCAGCAGCCGAGGGCGGCGCCUCACGGAGCUGCAGGAGGACGCCGCACGGCAGCAGAAACGUCUCCGUGAGCUGCAUGCAGCCUUCACCUCUAACCGGGCCACGGUUCUCCACAUAACUAAAGAGUCCGCCGGGCCGCCCCAGCUACAGGCCUUGGUUGAGAUGCAGGAGUCUCUGCAGCAGCAGGUGGAGCAGGUGAGCUCCCUGCUGGAGGAGGCUGACCGACCCCACCUGCCUGCUGCUCUCCUCCAGCAGGCCUCACAUCUGGAGGCCGAGCUGGUGGGGUCUCUGGGUGGCGUCCGCUCCCUGCGGGAGGAGCUGGAGGCCGGUGAGGAGCUGCAGCAGCAGUGCGAGCGGCUGGUCGGCGCCCUGCAGGAGCUGCUGGCGCUGGGCUCGGAGCGCCUGGCCCGGCGGGCCGGCGGCGAGCUGCAGACCCGUGCUGGGCUCCAGCAGCGGCUCGCCGGCCACACGAGGUUCUUCCGGUUCCUGGGCCAUCGGCUUCAGAUCCUGCAGCAGCUGACCCAGAGGGUCCCGGAGAGCGCCCUGCGGAGGUGGGAGGCGGCGGUGACGGGCCUGCAGGCCGAGGUGGGCCGACUGCAGCAGCUCGCCCUGGAGGACGGGACCAGGAUGCAGCGAACCUUCCAGGUGUGGUCCCUGUGGGAGGAGGACAGCGCCUGGACCGACUCCCUGCUGAGAGACAUUGAGACUUCAUUUCCCAGGAUGCACGAGGAGGAUGAUUCUGAGCCCAGUGCCUACCAGGGGCGGCGCGGCGUCCUGGAGGCGGGCGAGGCGCGGUUCUGGCGGAUGCUGGAGGCGGGGCUCUGGCUCAAGGUGGCGGGCGGCUGCGGGGGGGUCGGUGCGUCCACCGGCAGCCUGGAGGCACGAUGGAGAGCCCUGCACAGGAAGGUGGAGCACAAACACACCCGCGUUGAAAGGAGGAGGAAGCUGAGGAGCAGGUUUUCCCGUGACUCUGCUGCGCUGACUGAGUGGAUGGGCGGGGCCAGAGAGCUCAUCGACCAAUGGCGUCGGCUCUCCGCUGAGGGGGCGGUGGCCGUUGAACAGAGGCGGGACCACUACCUGCGGUCCGUGACGUUGACCAAAGAGCUGGAGGCCAAAUCUGAGCUGAAGGCGGCUGUUGUCUGUGUUGGAACCCAGCUGGUCGUGCUGGGGGAAGAGGACGGGGCCCCCGAUGGAGGUCCGGAGGUCCCGGAUCUGCUCAGACGGGUGGAGCUGCACUGGUCCGGUCUGCAGGCCGACGCCCCCGUGCUCCAACGCGCUCUGCACCAGCAAUGGAUGAAGACGCUGUCCCAGCAGGAGGCGCUCCUGGACCUGCAGGCCUGGCUGGAGGGGGCCGAGUCCCGUCUGGAGGAACACGGCAGCAGCAUCAACGGAGGCUCCGCCUCCAACGCCGACCUGGGUCGGCUCCUGAGACGCUGCGAGGAGUGUCGGGCCGAGAUGUCGGCGCACCGCGCCACGCUGGACUACUCCAGCCGCCCGCUGCACACGUGCAGCACCGAGGACGGCCAGAGGGGGCGCCAGGAGCUCAACCAGUUUGCAGAGGAGCAGGGUCAGCUCAACCGUCGGUGGCUCCGCCUCCUGGGAGCCGUGGACCGUCAGCUCCAGGAGGUGCAGCAGGAGCUGAGGAGCAGAGCGGAGCAGGAGGCCCGGCUGCAGCAGAUCGACAGCUGGAUCGCAGAGCAGAACCGCUGGAUGGACUUGGCCCGGACGCCCAGCAGCCAGACGGAGCUGCAGAGGAGCAUCGGCGCCUCCCAGGACCUGCAGGAGAAGAUCAAGCACAAAGCUGCCGCUCUGCAGGAGUCCAGGCUCCGACUCGCUGGAGGAGGAACCGGCAGCAGCAAGGACUUAACCUCUCACACCGAGAAAUGCAUCCGGGCCUGUGAGGCCCUCACACAGCAGCGGGACUCGGUCCACCAGAGGCUGCUUCGGGCCCAGCAGCUGUGGGAGGGCGUGCAGAAGCGACUGGAUCAGACGGCGCUGACAGCAGCCCGAGUGUCUCAGACUCUGGAGCUGCACGCCGGCGCUGCGCUCCGCCUGCAGACACACAGAGACCUCCACCUCCACCUGCAGCUUCUCCAGGAGGAGACGGAGGCCUCGGGGACAGAGUGGGACGGACUGAGCCGCAGCGUCUCCGCCCUCAGAGGCCUCGUCAGCCCCGCCGCCGCCGUCCUCCUCGCGGAGCAGCUGGACGGACAAAGGGACAGCUGGGGGGCGGCGGCGGCGGCGUUGGACGGGCGGCUCCGGUGGAGUCGGGUGGUGCUGCAGCUUUGGGAGGCGUACGGCGCGCUGGCGGCGUCUUUCUCCCUCCGACUGCAGGCGCUGCAGAGCGACGGCAGGUCGCUGCUGGGCGGGGGGGCCGCGGGCGACGACACCGUGGAGCAGGUCGCUGGAAGGGUGCAGCUGGUUCAGAGCCUCCUGGAGAGGACAGACGCUCUGCAGUCCGACCUGGGGGGCUUGCUGGAGGCCUCCAAGGACCUAACCGCCCGCCUGGAACCCUCGGCCGCCAGUCUGGUCCAAUCAGAGAGCUGGUUGUUGUCAGGUGGAGUUGAGCAGCUCAGCCAGGCGCUGACGGGGGUCCUGACGGAGCUGCAGGAGGAGCUGGAGCGGCUGCAGGAGUUCGAGGGCGUCCUGGAGUCUCUGGAGGAAAAGCUGGAGCAGCAGUCCGGCCUCCUGGAGCUGAGCGCCGCCUCCGCCGACCUGGACGUGCUGAACGGGCGGAGCUGCAGCGCGUCGCUGGGCGACGCCGCGGCUCGCCGCCUGCGAAGCCUCAACCGCCGCUGGGCCGCCGCCGGCGCCAGAGCCGAGGAGGCCUGCAGCGAGCUGCAGGCGGAGGCCUUGAGGCAGCAGAGCUUCCAGGACAAGUGUGAGAGCUGGAUGUCCUUCCUGCAGAGGAUGGAGGACACUGUGGCGGUGGACGUCUCCGGCUCGUACGUCGGCCUCCGGCAGCAGCUCCGCACGCACAAGCGGUUCCAGGCAGAGCUGACCACCGGUCACCAGAUCCUCCACUCGGUCUUCACCGAGGCCCUGCACCUGCUGCAGAGAGGAGAGAUGGAGGACAGGAGCGACUUCCUCCUGAAGCUGUCCCAGCUCAGGGAGCUCUGGCAGGGCGCGGCGCGGCGGGCCGAGCGGCGCCGCUCGCUGGUGGAGGAGCUGGUGGAGCUCUGGCACCUGUUCCGUCGCGGCCUGAGGAAGCUGCAGAGGUUCCUGUCGGAGGCGCGGGGGCUCCUCCCCCCCGCCGGGCCGCCCCACUGCAGCUUGCGGCAGCUGAGGAGCUCCCUGCGGGGCCUCCGGCACACGGAGCAGAUGUUCCAGAGGCACCAGAGCAGCUUCAUCCACACGCUGGAGGUGGGCCGGCAGCUCUUCUCCAUGGCGGACGAGGAGACGCAGACGCGGCUGCAGACCGACCUGGGGACCCUGCAGGAGGACUGGGACGACCUGCACGGCCUUCUGGGCCGGAGGACGGAGCUCACCGAGGAGGUCGUCAAGAACUGGGUUCACUGCGAGGCCCGACUAGCCGAGGUGGCGCUGCAGCUGCAGGAGCUGAAGAGCAGCCUGAAGCAGCCGAGGCCAGAGAGCGCCGAUGAGCUGCUGAGUGCAGACAACACGGAGAACGAGGAGGCGCUGGAGGACUGGGCUGAGAGCCUGACGGAGCUGAGCACCAUGAAGACGGAUCUGUCCCAGUACAUCAUGGCCGACGACGUCCUGCUGCUGCAGGAGCAGGUGGAGCACCUGCACCGUCAGUGGGAGGAGCUCUGCCUCAAGGUGUCUCUGCGUAAGCAGGAGAUCGCGGAUCGCCUCAGCGCCUGGAUCCUCUUCAACGACAAGAACCAGGAGCUGUGCGAGUGGCUGACUCAGAUGGAGAACAAGGUGGCGCAGGACUCCGACCUCAACAUUGAGGAGGUGGUGGAGAAGCUCAAGAAGGACUGCAUGGAGGAGAUCAACGUGUUCACUGAGAGUAAAACCCAGCUGCAGCAGCUCGGGGAGCAGCUCGUCACCGCCGGCAACCGGACCAACGAGACGCAGGUCAGCGGCAAGCUGCAAGACGCCAACGACCGCUGGCACCACCUGUUCCACCACAUCGAGGACAGGGUGAGGAAGCUGAAGGACACGCUGGUGACGGUGCAGCAGCUGGAUCAGAACAUGAGCGCCCUGCGGCCCUGGCUGGCCCGCGUGGAGGCGGAGCUUUCCCAGCCGCUGCUCUACAGCGUUUGCCACGGCGACGAGAUCCAGAGGAAACUGGCUGAGCAGCAGGACCUGCAGCGGGACAUCGAGCAGCACUCGGAGAGCGCGGCGUCGGUGCUGACGCUGUGCGACGUCCUGCUGCACGACGCCGACGCCUGCGACCCGGAGAACGACUCCAUCCAGCAGACCACGCGCAGCCUGGACCGCCGCUGGAGGAACAUCUGCGCCAUGUCCAUGGAGAGGAGGAUGAGGAUCGAGGAGACCUGGCGCCUCUGGUGCAAGUUCAUGGACGACUUCUCUCGCUUCGAAGACUGGCUGAAGACGGCCGAGCUCACCGCGGCCAACCCGGACUCCGCCAACGUGCUCUACACCAGCGCCAAGGAGGAGCUCAAGAAGUUCGAGGCGUUCCAGCGGCAGGUCCACGAGCGCCUCACCCAGCUGGAGCUGGUCAACAAGCAGUACCGCCGCCUGGCCCGCGAGAACCGGACCGACGCCGCCAGCAAGCUCAGAGCGCUGGUCCACGAGGGGAACCGGAGGUGGGACAGCCUGCAGAAGAGGGUGGCGUCUGUGCUCCGCCGGCUCAAGCACUUCACCUCUCAGAGGGAGGACUUCGAGGGCCGCAGGGAGGCCAUCCUGGUGUGGCUGACGGAGAUGGACCUCCAGCUCACCAACGUGGAGCACUUCUCACAGAGCGACGCCGGAGACAAGAUGAGGCAGCUCAACGCCUUCCAGCAGGAGAUCACCCUCAACACCAACAAGAUCGACGCCCUGAUCGUAUUUGGGGAGAACCUGAUCCAGAAGAGCGCCCCGCUGGACGCCGUGCUGAUGGAGGACGAGCUGGAGGAGCUGCACUCGUACUGCCAGGAGGUGUUCGGCCGAGUGUCUCGCUUCCACCAGCGGCUGGUCAGCCGCCCGCUUGUGGAGGAGGAGAGGGAACUGUCGGACCUGGACGACGCGGCGGAUCCGACCCCCGGGACUCCCUCCUGGGAGGGGGCGAGGAAGGAGGAGGAGUCUCCAGCAGUGGGCGGGGCCUCCGCCGGCCAGCGGGCCGCGUGCCACCUCCUGGUUCCCCCCCCGGAGCGGUCGGGACGAGAGACCCCCGUCAGCGUGGACUCCAUCCCGCUGGAGUGGGACCACACCGUGGACGUGGGGGGGUCCUCGUCCCACGAGGACGACGAGGAAGCCGCCUACUUCAGCGCCCUGUCAGUGAAGUCCGUGACCGACCCGCCCAGCUGGCACCAGCCCGCCCCCCCGCAGAGGAAACGGGUUCCCCGAGAACCCCCCCGAGGCCUGAACGUGUCUCCCACUCCCAGCAGGGCCCCCUUCCCCCAGCAGGGCUACGUCAAGCUGAUGUCGGAGUGCAGCGGCACCAUCAACAGCGUGAAGAGAGUGAAGCUGAUCCUGGACCACGAGGAGGAGCCGGAGGGUCCGGGUCUGACCAGCAGCAUGGCCGACAAGCAGACCAGCACAGGGGUCAUCGAGCGCUGGGAGCUGCUUCGAGCUCAGCCGCUGCACGGCGACCUCGUCCAGCGCGACCUCGUCCAGCGCGACCUCGUCCAGCGGGACCACGUCCAGUGGCAGAAGCUGAACUCUGACCUCUGCGAUGUCACUUCCUGGUUGGGCCGGGCGCUGCCGGAGCUCGAGAGGCUGCAGCGCAUCGAGCCGUCCACCAACAUCCGAGACAUGGAGGACAACGUCAGGACGCUAAAGGAGAUGCAGAAGACCUUCAACAGCUACAAGUGUCUGAUGAUCGCCGCCAACCUGAGCAGCCGCCACUUCCUGCAGGGCGACGGCGCCGAGCAGCAGGAGCUACGGGGCGCCCUCGCCUCGGCCAAUCAGGGCUGGACGCGCGCCUGCAGCUGCCUGGAGGGCUGGGAGAGGAGGCUGCACUCUGCACUCAUGGAGUGUCAGGAGUUCCACGAGGCGCUGCACUCCCUGCUGCUGUGGUUGUCCCGGGUGGACGACUCGCUGGGCGCGGUGGGCGUGUCCGACCAGCAGAGAGACGCGCUGACGGCCCUGCAGCACGAGCUGCGCGGCCGCCAGCGGGAGGUCUCCUCGCUGCAGGACAUCUCCUCUCAGCUCCUCCUGGAGGCCACGGGAGACGACAGCCUGGAGGCCAAGGAGAAGGUUCACGUCAUCGGCAACAAACUGCACCUCUUGCUGCGGCGGGUGGAGGCCGAGCUGAACGCGCUGCAGGGGAGGCCGGUGGAGGCAGCGGGUCUUGGAGCAGCUACAGGCGGAGAAGCACCGGGCAGAAGGCAGGCGCGGAGGGACUCCCCCCCCCGGCGACCCUUCUUCCUGCGGGUGCUCCGAGCCGCCUUCCCGCUCCACCUGCUGCUCCUCCUGCUGCUGGUGGUCUCCUGCCUGCUGCCGCUCUCCGACGAGAGCUUCAGCUGCGCGCUGUCCAACAACUUCGCCCGCUCCUUCUCCCCCAUGCUGCGCUACACCAACGGGCCCCCGCCCACGUGACCAGGGCCCCGCGAGGCACACAACAAGGCUUUCAAUUUUAAACCCGCGGGCUCUGUUAGAAGAUCUAUUUGUUGUUUGUGGAAAGAAAACCACGUGACUGGUUCUCUUAAUGUUCUCAUUUGUGAAGUUUUGCCAACCGACGUCCCUGAUGGAAAAAGGACAGAAGCCACCUUUGAUGCACAUUUUGUACAGAUAUUACAGUUUGAGCUGUAAGACAUGAAGUCAUCAGAACUAGCAUAACUUUAUCAAAUAAGGAACUUUAUUGAUGAUUUGUGUAAAUACUUGAGAUGAGUUUGAGUGUGGCAUUGAAGUCUAUAUUUAACUAUAAUAUUUUCCUAUCAGUGUGUUAACUUUACUUUACUUUACUAGUUUCCACUAUUUUAGCAGAUCACUGAAUUAAAGCGGCAUUACGUUUUUUUUGUACCACUAGGGGGCAGAAGGAGUCCAGGCGAACCCCCGAUGAACCAAUCGCUGACCACCUGCUUUCAGAUAACGAAUUAGCAUUUACGUUAAAAUCCAAACACCAGAACAUCAUCUCCGUCGGGUUCCGGUGUGAAGACAUGAACAGUAAAACACAGCAGGCCGUGAAUGUAAAUCAUCCUUCGGGGAUUGAAUGUAGCCGUGUACAAGCGCAUUGACAGUUUGAGUAUCCUAAAUGUUAUAGAGUGUAAUAUUUGAUUUGAAAUGCAGUGUUUAAUCCUAAUUUAUACAUAAUCUCAGCCUCACAGUCUAAAGAGUAGGAAAAGUUUGAUUUAUUUUGUGAGCUAUUUAUGAGGUGAAUAGAUUGUUGUUUUUGAUUGACAAUAAACUGUCAUGAUUUGCA